AUGGGGGGAAAUGUAUCCCGGGAAAAACCUAAUAAUAUGUCUAAUAAUAAUGAGGUGGUUAGUAGUGGGGUGGGAGCAGGUGGGGGGAUUAAUAGUGAUAGUGCUGAAAUUCCCAGGGAAAGUGGAGGGUUGAGUGAUAAUGCUAACCCUACUCAUCAUGAGAAGGUGUCCAACACCCUGAAUGACAGAUCUGGGAAUUUGGGGGUAGGAGUUACAGAUGUUGUAACUCCUAACCUAACUGAUGAUAUUGCAGAAGUUGAGAUUGCUGAGCAAGACCAACUUGUGGAUGUUGAUGUCCAAACUUAUUCCUCUGGAAGUAAGAUUAUUCAGAGGAAGAGAAGAACCUUUCAAAAACAGCAAAAAGGCGCUGCACAUAUGAGUCUUGAACCUAUGGCUGUUGAUCUGUCCAUAGGUGAUAAGAAAGGGAGUCUGAAAAGACCCAUUGAGUCUGUUGUGCUUAAUGAUGUGCCUGAGGGAAACCUCAAACUGGAAAAUAAAAAAUUGAAACUUGCUCAGGCUAUUAUUGCUAUUCCUAUCAGUCACUGUGAUGCUCAGGAUAAGCUUGUCUGGAAUUUCACCAAGAAUGUUCAGGAAGGGGAGUCAGCACUCAUGGGCAAUUCUGAAAACUGGAAGUGCAAACUGAACAAUGGUGAGGGAGCUGAUGAGUACAAUCUAAGGGUAACAGUGACUGCAAAUUUGAGUUCUAAUGGUAAGCUUCUGUGUGCUUUUACUGCCAUGAUGAACUGUGAGGUUGCUCUAGACAAUGCUGUAUCUAGGGAUUUCGUUGGAAAUUCAGUGGAGGCUUGGCUAGUUGCAAUAAGGUGGACAUUGGAGAUGCUGAUGGAAAGAACCAGUGAUAGACUACUUCUGAGGUUGGGGAACAAGAAUCUGGCAGCAAUUUCUGCAACGUGGCUGUUUUGCUCAGCAAUUCCAACUCUACUGGCCUUCAAGAGAGCUGCUGAGUCCCUGGAGAAGCUUAUGGAUAUCACAAGGGAGGAAUUACCUGGCACAAUGGCCGCUGUUCGAUUAUCCGGAAUGGAGAUCAGUGACUUAACCAUGGAGCUAAGUGACCUUGGCCAGGAAAUGACACAAGGAGUUCGGAGUUCGACUCGUGCUGUUCGUCUGGCGGAAGAAAGAUUGAGACGGUUGACAAACAUCAAUCCAACAGUACCUGUGCAGGACGUGGGCCCAAUGAAACCUCAGGUAGCCGGCCCCGUUCUAGCUAGAACUGCAAGGAACAUGAGGGAAGGAAUUGUUAAAGGGCGUGCUGUUCUACAAAUGCUUUUCACACUCACCCACUACUCCAAAAUUCUACUGAGGUAUAUGGCUUCUCGAGCAAAAGCAUAA